AACACGUGUGAAGUUGCCAUCUGUCAGCAUGUGCUACUUGUCAGGGUCAAAAGACUUCAGUGUAUUGUUGAGGUCCCUAUUUGCCAGUAGGGGUGAUCAUCAGUUUUGCGUAUAGAAAGCGCGUCGUCCUUCCCCCACCGCCUCUUUUUUUUUUUGACUUGUAGCAGAAGUGCGGAUGUGAGUUACAUAUUGAUACGGAACAGGCCGCCAGUUUUUUUAAGCAAUGCAGGCUUAGGCAAUGAUCAUUUUGUGGAGCAAUGAAUCAAGAGGAGCAGACUGUAACGUGGUUAAUAUCACUAGGAGUGCUCAGCUCGCCUAAAAAGAAUAUAGCGGACCCGGAGGAGUUUCUGAAAACAUCGCUGAAGGAUGGGGUCGUCUUGUGCAAGCUCACGGAGCGGCUCAUACCUGGCUUCACUCCCAAGUAUUGUCAGGAUCCGAGAACUGAAUCCGACUGCAUUUCCAACAUCAGGGAGUUUUUAAGAGGAUGCUCGUCCUUGAAAGUAGAGGGGUUUGAACCAGAGUGGUUAUACACUGGUGAGAAUUUUGGCAAAGUACUGGCAACUUUGCUGGCAGUCAACUUUGCCACACAAGACUGUGCUGCUGAGAGGACAUGUUCUCAGUCCGGUGCUCCGUCUCCUAGUCAGUCGACAUCGUCUCACACGCUCUCCUCGGCCAAAUCCAAAGGCUCUCUGCGUAGACAAUCCAAAUCAGUGGAGAUGUCUGAGAACGGCGGAGGCGGGCAGCAGAUGGUGAAGGCCCGAUUCAACUUCAAGCAGAACAAUGAGGAUGAGCUGUCAUUUAGUAAAGGUGACAUGAUCCUUGUGACGCGGCAGGAAGAGGGAGGUUGGUGGGAGGGCACACUCAACGGCAAAACAGGCUGGUUCCCCAGUAACUACGUCCGGGAGAUCAAACCCUGCGAGAAGCCAGUGUCUCCUAAAGGAACUCAGCUCACCAAGAACUACUACAGCGUGGUGGUGCAGGAUAUCUUGGAACAUGAGCGGGAGUUUGUCAAAGAAUUACAAACAGUGCUGAGUUGUUAUCUACGAACCCUGCAAGCCAGUGACAAGCUGAGCAGUGCAGACAGCGCCACGCUGUGUGGAAACCUGGAGGAGAUCCUCACCUUUCAGCAGGGACUGUGCAUGGCUUUGGAGGACUGUAUCAAAGUGUCAGAGGGCCAGCAGCGAGUGGCGGGCUGCUAUUUAAACCUGAUGUGUCAGAUCAAGACUCUGUACCUGGCUUACUGUUCCAGCCACCCUUCAGCUGUUUCCAUCCUCACUGACCACAGCGAGGAGCUGGACAAGUUCAUGGAGAGCCAGGGAGCCACUGCUCCAGGGAUCCUGACCCUGACCACCAGUCUCAGUAAGCCCUUCAUGAGGCUUGACAAAUACCCCACCCUGCUGCAGGAGCUGGAGAGACAUGUGGAGGAGGCCCACCCAGACUAUGCUGACAUUAUAAAGGCAACAGCAGCAUUUAGAAACCUAGUGACGCAGUGCCAGGAUCUACGGAAGCGCAAGAACCUGGAGCUGCAGAUCUUGUCAGAACCAGUGCGAGCUUGGGAGGGAGAAAGCAUGAAGAGCCUGGGCCAUGUGGCCUACAUGUCUCAAGUCCACGUGAAAAAUGGGUCCAGUGAGGAGAAGGAGGAGCGCUAUCUAAUGCUGUUCCCCAAUGUGUUAGUCAUGCUGUCAGCCAGUCCCCGCAUGAGUGGCUUCAUUUAUCAGGGAAGAUUGCCACUAACAGGCACCACAGUAACAAGACAUGCAGAGGAUGCAGACAAUGCCCACUAUGCCUUUGACAUCACAGGAAGCAUGAUCGACCGCAUUACAGUGUUCUGCAGUAGUGCCCAGGAGUUACAGGAGUGGCUAGAGCACCUUCAGCCCUUUACAAAAGGAGGCAGCCCCGCAGGGACCAUCUCAAAGACUGUCGAAGGCAAGUCACUGAGUAUGGUUGGUACCCCGAGUCACCUGUCCCAUCUGGGCAGCCUCAGCGCUGUCAGCCGCGGCCCGCUGGAGCCGCCGAAGAUCAGCAAGCCUUGGUCGCUCAGCUGCCUGCGUCCGGCGCCCCCCCUCAAACCCUCUGCUGCACUGGGAUACAAAGAGAGGAUGUCUUAUAUCAUGAAGGACUCCAGCAAGAGCCCACGCCCCAUGAAGAAGUUCCUCCCAGGCAAUAGGAAGAAAGAGAGGAAGCCCUCUGAUGACGAGGUUCAAAUUAGGAAAAGCACGGCUGCUCUGGAGGAGGACGCUCAGAUACUGAGGGUGAUUGAGGCGUACUGCACGGGAGCCAGCCUGCACCAGACCACCACAGCGGUGCGGAAAGAGUGCAUCCCUCAGGUGCUCCUGCCAGAGGAAGAGAAGAUCAUUGUGGAAGAGAUGAAGAGCAACGGGCAGACGGUUAUUGAGGAAAAGAGUCUGGUUGAUGCUGUGUACGCUUUAAAGGAUGAGGUUCAUGAACUGAAAAAGGAGAACAAGUGGAUGAAGCAGUUCCUGGAGGAAGAGCAGAAGUCUCGCAAAGAGCUGGAGAGAGUUGUUCGAAAACUGGCCAAGCAGAAGAACGAUUGUGCCUGGGAUGACGGCGGCCACUGAACACAUCUGUACAAUCAUUAUCAUCCAAGUGCGGCUGUGUGUGUCUGUGUGUGUGUGUGUGUGUUGGGGGGGGGAUAAUGUGCACCUGUGAAGACAUUUAUGGCCGUAUGCUUGAGGAGGGACAGGAGGGGUCGUGUGUAUGUACUUGUGCAUCUGUCUGUAUCGCGUCUCCGUAUUUCAAUCACACAUAGCAGACGAUCAUGCAUGGAGUUCCUUUCGCUUGAAGUGCUGGAGCACGUGAGGCGAUUUGUCACAAAUCAAUCUGUCUUCCUGAUCAAACCUCACUGGAUGAGACCGCAGAUAUGCCUCAUCAUGAAGCAGCUCGGCUGAACGAAGACUGAUCAAGCAGGAUGUUAAUCAAACCGUAACGCCCCUCGGCAACCGGCACUGUGACCACUCCACAGCAAAUGGAACAAUUUUGGACAAGGACAAAACAAUUUCUCUACUGCUUCAGUUGGAAAAUAGAAAAGGAGUACAAAGCCAUCAAGUCCAGUUGGUGUCCUCCUGCAUGCACUUCUGUUACCAAGCUGACUUGUUCUCUUCCAUUCUCUUCAUAACUCAUUUUUGUCAUUUUCAUUGUCAAAUUCUUUUUUUUUUUGUUUUUUUUGGUACAAGGACUCGCAGAGGGGAAAUGGAUUGAUUGAGCCUGUGUACGUCGGUAACGUUGUAGACGUUCAUGUCACAGGAUUCCAGGCCGUUCUGUAGGCAUUUCAGCGAUUCAGACAGGCUAGUUCUUCAUGUACCAUUCAGUUCCAAAUGCAGCCCUUCACUGUUUAUUUAAAAACUGCAUGAAUGUACAGUGUUUCUACAGUAUAAAUUCUGCAUCAGAAAUGUGAUAAUCACAAUAUUCAGAUAUGUAGUCCAAAGCUGUCUGGGAUCAGCUGCAUAAUAGAAUAGAAAAGGCUUAGUUAUGUAACAUUUAUUACACAGGAUUACGCAAAUAACGACAAAGGUGUCACCCCUUUUAUUCUUACUAAAAUGUGUUCAAGUAAAACAAAUUACCUAGCCUAGCUUUAAUUUAAAAGUGUUCUUUAUUUAUUGUCACUUAAACAUUUAAUUGUGGUGUAAGCCUUAUAGAUAGAUACUUUUUGUUGCCUUUACAUUUGCCUGGAGUUUAUGGUUGUAUUAAACUACACUGAUGUUGAAAGGCACAAAAACAUCCUUGUUCUGGCCAAGGGAAAUAGACAUUUUUUUCAUCACAAAAGAGUGGAAAAAAAUGACUAUUUAAAUAAUAAGUCUGACUUUUCAGAGGGGUUUUUUUGUGGUCUCUAUGGCCUCCCAGCAGGUUCCCACAAAACUAAUGGAGACAGACUGAGGAAUUAAACAGAUUUAUUUGUGGGUGUAGAGUAGAGCUCAACUGUUCAAGUGCCUCCCAGAGGGGAUUAAAUGCACGAUUUAGAUUGAAAGUGUGACUGGUGGUUUUUCUGUUAUAUUUCAAUAAGAAUGGCUCAAGCUUGGUGGGUGAAAAAAAAACGUACGGGGCUUCGUGUGCUAUUUAAGAUGCGACCUCUUUAGAAGGACACGCAGCGGUACAUUUCCUCAUGAGGCUGACUGUGUGCACUGUCAACACUGUUAUCAACUCCUGCAGCAGUGGAUGCUAUUGAAAUGCAAUAAGUGACUGCUUUACUGACUGACUUCUGGGUUAGACCCAGCGCAGGGGGCCAGAUUUGGAGAAAUUGGAAUAAUGAUGAAUGAAUUAACGCAAUUUAUUAACCAAAAGGGGGCCGAGAUCACCAGUGGUCCAGCCACCACACAGUUAGGCUAUUCAUUAUUUUAUAUUUACCUUUUAUUUAAUCAAGUCACUCGCUAAUGAUGAUUGUUUAAAGGUCACUGACCAGGUCCCUGAUCUUCAUCACAACUGAUCCAAAAUGUAAUAAUGUUGUUAUACUGUACAAUCCCUGUUUGCGAAGUGCUAUUUUUGCCUGUAACUCUUUAUGGGAAGGUCAGAGCACUUUGCAGGGUACAAGGCAGCACAGGUAUAUCUGCAGGGCUGUGUUGCUCAACGACACUUCAGUAAGGAAAAACUGGAGCUGGAGCAGAUCUAUAUUUCCUAUUCCUAUUGGGAUGCUUACAGAGACUCUGCUUCCUCUUCACAUGUGUGACUUCGUCUCAUCAUACGUUUGCUGUUGAGAUUAACAUUGUUGCUGUUCCCUGUACUCAAAAUGUUUUUAUUAAUUACCACAUACUCUAGUUUUCAAUUCCCUAUAGCCUCAGUAAGCACUUACUGGUGUGAGGGGCGGGGGACUCCAGUUUAAUCUUGUUUAUCUUGUCUCCACACCUCUGUGUGUAUUGUUUUUGAAAGGUUGUUCUAUGCAAUUAUUGUUGUUGCAAGUAUUGUAAUGCUUUGUUUUUCUAGACACACUGUACUUUGUGUUUGGUAUGGUCAUUCUUUUAUUAAAAAUUUAAUAUAAUAUAA